AUGUCUGGUCCACGAACACCUACCGUCUCUCGACCCCACACACCAUCGGGCCUUUCUCCCCGAGGAUCAUACACCAACUUGGCAGCUGCUUUGGAUGCUUCUACACCUGGAUCAUCAACGCCUCACUUGAUGGCAGAGAAAGAAAGGAUGAGAGCAGAAGCUGAAGUAAGAGAAGCUCUUCUGAAAGCUGCAGACGGUGCUGAAAAGGCUAAAAAAGAGGAAAUGGGUAUGCCUGUCGGUGCACCUGUCUGGCCAAUUCUCAGUUACUGUAUCGCAUCGAUCAUGAUGACUGUAGUCAACAAAUUCGUGGUAUCUGGUCAUCAAUUUACUAUGACCUUUUUGCUUCUCACAAUUCAAUCAGCCGUCUGUGUAGGAUGUGUUUGGACAGUCAAACGAAUUGGGUUUAUCAGCUUCCGAGACUUUGAUAUGGCAGAUGCUAAAACCUGGUUCCCCGUCUCAUCGUUACUCGUAGCGGUCAUUUAUACUGGAUCAAAAUCAUUGCAAUUCCUUUCCAUCCCCGUAUACACCAUUUUCAAGAACCUGACCAUUAUUCUCAUUGCGUAUGGAGAGGUACUCUGGUUUGGCGGCAACGUUACUGGACUCACUCUUUGUGCAUUCUUCCUCAUGGUCGGAUCAUCGAUCAUUGCCGCUUGGUCAGAUAUCUCUUCUACCUUGGCCAAAUUAUCCGCAGGUGUAGCUCUUGUCGACCCUACUUCAGGAGCGGAUGUACCUAUUCCUUCAACUGUCAUAGGAAGUCUGAACGCUGGUUACAUGUGGAUGUUCAUCAACUGUAUUGCGUCUGCUGCAUACGUUCUUUUCAUGCGAAAACGAAUCAAGGUCACAGGGUUCAAAGAUUGGGAUUCGAUGUUCUACAACAACUUACUUUCCAUUCCCGUGUUACUCAUCGCCUCUCUUAUUGUGGAAGAUUGGGGAUCUGCUUCUUUCAGUAGAAACUUCCCCGAGGUAGGAAGAACAUUCCUCCUUUCCGCCAUUGCUUUCUCUGGAGCUGUAGCUGUUUUCAUCUCAUAUUCAACGGCUUGGUGUGUUCGAACAUGUGGUUCUACCACUUAUUCCAUGGUAGGAGCUCUAAACAAACUCCCUGUAGCUGCAUCAGGUAUAUUAUUCUUCGGUGAUCCCGCCAAUUUAGGAAAUGUAGCUGCUAUCGCUGUCGGUGGAGUAGCAGGUGUAGUUUACGCAGUAGCCAAGACAAAUCAAAGUAAGAUCGAAAAGGCCAAACAAGCUAGACCAGGAGAUAGUAAAGCUUAG